AUGUUGGAGAUCCAUUGGGAGGUCAGAGCAAAUCCGGAGUCUCCGAAUGUUCUGACUUGGGACCGAGCUUCCGGGAUGGGAGUGGUCAAGGGUGAGUGUGCCAAAAUCCAGGCUGGAGCUGAGACAGUUGGGAUGGAAGGUGAUGAUGGGAAGUGGGGAGAACAAAUUCUAGAUGAGUUUCCAUGGUUUGACAUCCUUGAUUCCUGGUGGGAUGGCCAACCAAAGUAUUCUGAUGUGUUGAUUUCAAACUCAUCAGCACCAGGAAAAGAAUUGUCUGCUGCAUAUGAGAAGUUGCUGGAUGAAUCUACUGACUCUCCCAAUCACCCUUCCUCCAUUCUGCUCAGUGAUAAGGGAGGUGGCAGUGAGGCCGCUCUAUAUGGUCAAAGUGAUCCUGAGAAGGAUGGAGCAGACCUCUCUUCUCACACUCUGAUGAACCUCUCUUCACCAUUCAGCUCUCCAGCAAUCCAUACACCAACUUUGUCCCCCAAGUUUGAUCCAGAACCCAUUGACCAAAAACUGAAAAUGGCCAAAAUGCCAUCACCACCAUUAACACUUAUUAACACACCCUUCCAUCCAGUUCCCCAGUUCCAUCACAUUCCCUUCAGCAAAAGGACAGCAAGCAUGACAUCCUUGGUGAAUUCCAUCUAG